AUGGUUCGAAACAAAGUAGCACCGAUGGAGGAAGGAUCAAAACUUCAGCAAUUCCAACCACCUCCUCCGUAUUCAGUGGAUUCUCCUGAAAAUCGUCCAUACUCUCUGGACUCUCCGGAAAAUCGAGCAGCGCCAUCGAACUCUCAAUCAACGACUGCAUCAACUCCAGAAUUUCAAGGAUGUUGGACAAUUGUUGUUGUUUCUAUUCUUUUCAUCAUCAACCUUCUCAAUUAUAUGGAUCGUUAUACGAUUGCAGGAGUGUUGGAUGAUGUCCAAAAAUACUACAAUAUCAGUGAUGCAUGGGCAGGGCUCAUUCAAACGACAUUCAUGGUUUUCUUCAUUAUUUUCUCACCAAUUUGCGGAUUUCUUGGAGAUCGAUACAACAGAAAAUGGAUCUUCGUUGUUGGAAUUGCCAUUUGGGUUUCUGCAGUUUUUGCAUCCACUUUUAUUCCAAGUGAUAAAUUUUGGUUGUUCCUCUUGUUCCGUGGAAUCGUUGGAAUCGGUGAAGCAUCUUAUGCUAUCAUCUCUCCAACUGUGAUUGCUGAUAUGUUCACUGGUGUCCUCCGCUCCAGAAUGCUUAUGGUUUUCUAUUUUGCUAUUCCAUUUGGUUGUGGUCUUGGAUUUGUGGUCGGUUCAGCAGUUGACAGUUGGACAGGACAAUGGCAAUGGGGAGUUCGAGUGACUGGAGUUCUUGGGAUCAUUUGUCUUGGGCUCAUCAUCUUCUUCGUUAGAGAACCGGAACGUGGAAAAGCUGAACGCGAAAAGGGAGAGAUCGCAGCAUCAACAGAAGCAACGAGCUAUUGGGAUGAUAUCAAGGAUCUACUGUCAAAUGCAACAUACGUGACUAGCAGUCUUGGUUACACUGCGACUGUCUUCAUGGUAGGAACACUUGCCUGGUGGGCACCAAUCACCAUCCAAUAUGCUGAAGCUUCUCGUAAAAAUGUCACAGAUAUCAGUAAAUCUGAAAAAGCCCAAAUUAAUUUGGUAUUUGGAGCCAUCACUUGUGUUGGUGGAGUCCUUGGUGUCGCCAUGGGAACUGUUAUCUCAAAUAUGUGGUCCCGAGGUGUUGGUCCUUUCAAGUGUAUACAAACAGUCAGGGCUGAUGCUCUUGUAUGUGCUAUUGGAGCAGCAAUUUGCAUUCCAACUCUGAUUCUCGCUAUUCAAAAUAUUGAGAACAAUAUGGGAUUUGCAUGGGUUAUGCUUUUCAUUUGCAUCGUAGCCAGUAGUUUCAAUUGGGCAACCAAUGUGGAUCUUUUAUUGAGUGUCGUAGUUCCUCAAAGAAGAAGUUCUGCAUCUUCUUGGCAAAUUUUAAUAUCUCACAUGUUUGGAGACGCGUCUGGUCCAUAUAUUCUGGGAUUGAUCUCUGAUGCGAUUCGAGGAGAUGAUAAUACAUCGCAAGGACAUUACAAAUCACUUGUCACAUCUUUCUGGCUCUGUGUUGGAACUCUUGUACUUUCAGUGAUUUUAUUCGGAAUUUCAGCAGUGACUAUCACGAGAGAUAAGCAAAGAUUCAAUGAUAUUAUGCUUGCUCAAGCUAGUCCAGAUGAAAGUUCAUCAACUGGAUCGGUGCCAGAACCUACAAAAACAGAUGAUGAUGGUUCACACGUACAACAUAUGUAG